AUGCCGGCAUCCGUCGAGGCCGACGGCCAUGUGCGUGUCGCUGCAAGUGUCCCCGUAGACGGCGCGCGGCUCUCCGGUGCCGACAAGGGCGCGCGCGCGCCGGCCAACUGGUCACCUCUGGCGCCUCCCGUGUCCGUCUGGGUGUCUCUCGACCCGGUGUCGUGUGUCGCUCGGCCAGCGUCUGUCCAUGGCGCGCGCCCUUGCCUGCCGGCGGCCGGCCUGCCCAAGGGGCUCCCGCCAACUGGUCACCCUGCCGCCCGCCCGCGCGGCGCCCCCCGCCGCGCCAACUCGGCCAGCCAACUGGCCGCCGCGCGCUCGCCUGCGCGCCUCCCCCUCCUCCUCCUCCUCGCCCUCCUCGCCCUCCUCGCCCUCCCUUCGUCGCCCUCGCGCGCGCGACUCUCUGCUCGCCUCGAGGGCGCGCGCCUACCGGGCCCCCAGCCCCCCUCAACCGACUCCCCUCAACCGGGACCCUCGCGCGCGCCGCCGGCGGCCCUUCUCCUACACAUACCCACCGACCUCGCCCGGCCCAUCAUCGUGCGCGCAAACGUUCCCGGGUCCGAACGUCGUUCCGGGGGGAGGCCCACCUGCGCCGGCAGACCGCGCGCCGCCCGUGCGGCCAUGUGCCCCAGCCAACUGGUCACUGCCCUUCGUCACCAGGCGGCGGCGGCGCGCGGGUCCCCGCGGCCAUCUCGGCCGGCCAACUGGCGAGAGUCCAUGGAGGUGGAGAUCCCGAGGGGACCGGCCGUCACCGGUGCCCCCCCGCGUCUCCGGAGAAAGGUGUCUGGGCCCCCCUCCAAGCGCCCGGCGCUGCCGGGCCCGUUGAUGGGAGGUGUUUGCCAACAAAUCUAG